AUGCAGAACGAUGAUUAUAAGAUCUGCGUUGUCAUGGUUGGCUUGCCAGCGCGGGGCAAGAGUUUAAUCGCCGGUAAAGCUCUGCGUUACUUGGCUUGGGUUGGUAUCCCCGCUAGAAUAUUCAACGUUGGCCAAUAUAGACGUCAAGAUACACCUCAACCAACUGCUGCUUUCUUCGACACCUCUAAUCCCGACGGAGAACGAUUGCGACGAGCUGCCGCGGAGGCAGCGUUGACUGAUAUGCUACGCUGGUUCGCCAACACCGACGGUCAAGUAGCAAUUCUAGACGCAACCAACUCGACCAAGAGCCGCCGUAAAUGGAUCCACCGCACCUGUGCUGAGGCCGGGAUCGCAACUCUGUUCGUCGAAUCUCAAUGUGACGAUGAGGAGGUCAUCAUGAGCAACAUUCUUGAAGUCAAGACGACAUCGCCAGACUACAUUGGUCAGGACCCAGAGCUAGCUGCGCUGGACUUCAGAAGCCGCAUCCGCCAUUAUGAAAAAGUCUACGAGACGAUUGAUGAAGAUGAAAAGGAUUACGCAUAUGUCAAACUCAUCAAUGUUAGCUCUACUGUGAUCAUCAAUCAAAUUAAAGAUUACCUGUCCAGCCGUCUAGUUUAUUAUAUCCAGAACCUCCAUAUCCGACCUCGUUCGAUCUGGCUUUCUCGACACGGAGAAUCCGAAUUUAAUCUGCUAGGCAGAAUCGGCGGCGACGCUGACAUUUCUUCGCGAGGAGAACAGUAUGCCCGUGCUCUCCCGCGACUUCUCAAGGAGUCUGGCGUCCCUCCUGGAGCUAAACUGGUCAUUUGGACCUCCACUCUAAAGCGCACAAUUCAGACCGCUCGCCAUCUCGCACUGGAAACCGGGUAUGACAAACUGGAAUGGAAAGCCCUCGACGAACUCGAUUCCGGUGUCUGUGACGGACUCACCUACGAAGAAAUCGCCGAGAAAUACCCCGAAGAUUUCAAAGCUCGCGAUGACGAUAAAUACAACUACCGCUAUAGAGGCGGCGAGUCAUAUCGUGAUGUCGUUAUUCGGCUGGAACCCAUCAUUAUGGAGCUGGAGCGCAGCGAAAAUGUCAUGAUCGUCACUCACCAGGCUGUCCUCCGUUGUAUCUACGCCUACUUCUUGAACAUGUCUCAGGAACAGAGUCCCUGGAUGCAAGUUCCUCUCCAUACCCUUAUCAAGCUGACGCCCCGCGCAUAUGGCACGGAGGAACAACGCUUCAAGGCGAAUAUACCGGCAGUCUCGACAUGGCGUGGAAAGGGCUCCUCCGCGAAACACCAGCUUCCUGAAGAACAACAGCAUUAG